AUGCGGGACAGCUCACCAGACAACGGUGCCCAGUCCCCGUUUCAAGCAGAACCCGCGCCCACGAAUCCAGACCCAUAUUCAAACUCCACAGAAGAGUUCCACCACGGCCCGAAUGCGCCCUCGAACCCCCGCAAAUCCCUCGCCGAGUCCCUGCUCACGCGAUGCCACACGCUCCUCGCCGAACUCGAUGCCUUCAAGGCCCUUCUAGCGCGAACGCAACGGAAUCCGCAAACUGUCGAGGUACGCUCUCUGCGCUCAAAUAUACUUGCGGAAUUGAAGACGCUCGAAAAGAUCUCUGCGCAGCUUGAUGCGGCGAUUGCGGUGACGGAGGAGGUCAGGGGGAGGAUUAAUCGAGAGCAGAACGGCAACGAAGGUGGCCUGGACGGCGGUCAGACUCACAAUGAUCUGAUUGACGCCGAAGAGGCUGAAGUCAAGCUGAUGCAUGCGCUGCGGUCGUCCAAUUUACCCUUUUACGAGGCUGUGUGGACCAUUGCGAAGACAACGUGUACGGGCCUUGUUGCGUUUGGAAAGAGGUUUUACUGGGACAGGGAUGAUGGGAGCGGGAAUAAGAAUAAGGAUAAACGGAAAAGUGUCUUGGUCGAUAUUGUGGCGGAUGAUGGGGAGGAGUGGGUGAAGGUUUCUACAAUCUCGGAGACGAGGUUAUUGUUUGAGAUGGCGAAGAAGGGGUGGGAGGCAGAUUCGGAGGAUGAGGAUGGUGAGAAGAGGACUGUUUUGCAGAAUCAUAGUCGAGGGGAGGAUAGUGACUACGACGAUGACGACGAUGAUGCGAUUGAGCUGAUCAAGCUUGCCGGGGACAUGAGGAAAGCUGCAAGCUUAGUGAGGGUGAACUACAGGCAGCCUCGAUUGCGGUUUGUGAUUCCUAAGGUUGAGGAAGGGCAAACUCCGGAGAUUGAUGACCUUCUCAAGGCAAUCCGAGGAUAUGGUGUGACAGUUGAAUGUGGAGAGGAUGUAUCUUCCUCCGAACACAAUGCUAGUGAAAAUCCAGAAGCUGGACCAGCUUCCAAUGAGGAAGAGGUCCGGCCGCUUCUUCCAAACAGAUUGAAGAGGUUCACGGCAACGGUCAAUGUUGAUUGCACCUUAUUACUCGCCAUUAUCUCGGACUUGUCCCAUUACCAGAGCAUAUCUCCUUCCCCAAAGCAUCACAAAGCUAUCAACCGGCAAAUUGAGAUUGAACGGGAGCGACCCCUGCUAUCGACAGAGCUUUGGCCGACUAUGGAAUCCCGUGAGCUGAUCUGCACAAGCGAGGCUGCAAAAAGGAUGCGCGAGAUUGUGGAUACCAUCGGCACCGACACUGAGAGGAUGCGAAUGGCAAUCCUUAUGGGUGAUCAUUCUUUCAAGGAAAUGAAGUCAGCAUCCCUCAUCGAAGAGCUUCAGAAACUGUCCAAUUAUCAAGUACCUGUUCAUCUGAACAUUCCGAUCAGAAUAGUCGAUGCUCAACCCGCCAUCAACUUGGGAAAGCAGCAAGGAAAACUACCUCCUGUUGCUCAAAAAGUGGAAGAAAUAUUGUCCGAUAUAAAUACCAGUGUCUUCAUGUAUGGUUGGGUAUCGAAAAUCAUGACCAUAACAAGCAACCGCACGGUCGUGAAACAAAUCGAAACGACGAUCGAGCUGCAGAGAGACGCCGAAGAUUUGGAAGGGCCGUUAGUGUGGGUGUGCGACACAGCCAGGAGUUUGAUAGGAAAAGAAAAGGGCCGAAAGGAUUAA